CUGCUACGUUGGACGUUGUCACUUCGUGACCCUUUCUCCCUGUGGUUCUGUGUUCGCACCGCGGCGGCCUCGUAAGAUGCUUGGUGUAGUGUGCUUAUUAUGCCUCGGCGCGAUCGGAUCGGCGUCGAGCUCAUCACUGACAACGUCAGACAGUAUAUCGCUAUGGCUCGAUGCUAUGCAAGUAGAACGUCUUCUUGGAAUACGAGCAGAAAUCUACGUUAUACGCAACGGAACCCAGUCGCCCUAUCUACAAGACAUCACCUAUCAACGGGACGCUGAAGACGACGAUCUACCCAUCGUGCGUGUUGGUAUCGAGAAGUUGACGUUAAACUGGGAAGCCAAGAAUACGUAUCAUUACACAUUUGGACAUCUGUUGUCGUCCGACACCGAGGUCAUGGGUCAUCCAUUUCUCAGCAUUCCAACGUCUGGUGAAGUACCACACAAACAAACAGACUUUCAGGUGACGUUUCCAUGUACCAACAAGGUCAAAGGUUAUGCUGUUGCCACAGUAACUGUGACAAUUGAUGACCUAAGGCUGGGUAAAGAAAUAAAAGCCUCACCACUGAAAGUGAAGUUCAGAAAACAAUGUGAUAAAGUGCCAACGCCAGAGUGUUCAUGUGAGAACGGAGGCUUCUGUGACGAACACGGUAUAUGUGACUGCCCUGAUGGUUUCUUUGGACCCGCUUGUAAACAAGCUCUGUGUAGUCCGCGUUGUUUUAAUGGAGGGACGUGUAUUGCUCCUGGGAUAUGCGUCUGUGCCGAUGACUUCACUGGUAGAAGUUGUGAGAAAGCUUUAUGUACAAACUCAUGCGGUCGACAUGGUCGUUGUGUGGCACCAGAAACGUGUGAAUGCCACAAACACUGGUCCGGACAGUACUGUGAGAAAAAAUUGGCUAACGUACUGCACGACAUAUUCCGCACCAGCAGCAAACGAAUGAAGAAACACCGUGGUCGUGACAACGAGAGUAAACACAUCCAUGACAAUAAGAAAGCCGGCAAGCGUCGUGGUGGACGACGUGGCUGAGAUUCCACCCAGGGAUUGCACGCACUGUCUAAUAUUUGGUUGAUAAUAUGCCAUUUAUAAAACAAGAACAAAAUAUCUUGUCAGGUUUUUUGAAAUAUACUUUUUUUAUAUAUAAAACAUUCUUUUCUGUCUAAGAUUGUUAACUCUGUGAACCCAUUUAAAAUAUAACUUAUACAGCUUGCGGCUGUCACAGCCUACACUGAUGCUGCUUCGCGCAACGUCCUCGUCCGAAUCGAACGGUUUCGCUGAAGCCGGCCAUUUAUAGCCGACUUACGAAUGUAGAAGCCGAAUAAAUGGUCCUUGGCUGGCGAAGAUGACAGCUUCGAGAUUUGGACUGUUUCAACGUCGUCGAGGGCGCUGGUUACACGUCUCCAAAUAUUAUUACUCAGCAGUUCAGGCAGUGACUACGGAAUAUACCACUGAUGUCACGUGAGCACGCAACACCUUUUGAAAAUAACGUCAUCCCCUCUCUACGCCAUAACAAGUUCAGUUUAAUAGUAAUCAUUUAAAAAACAAAUAGCCUUUAGAACCUGUGUAGCAUAACUUUUCACAUAUCAAAUCAUUUUUUUUCUCCUUUAACUAUGUUCAUUCUAAAAAAGAACUGUGUAAUAGUACCAAAUAUGUGCUAAAAUAAUAUUUCAGAAUUAUGGUAUAGAAAAUGCACUUUUCACAAUGUGAACUGCAUGGCGCACUCUAGGGACAGAUCAUUCAAACUUUAAUCCCAGCUAGCGAUACACAUCCAUCAGCUCUGCGAUUGCUUCACUCAUUCAAUGUCUCUCUACAAUUGCCCAAUUCUGCUUUACGAUGCAUUUUGUUGGUGUAGAUUUUCUUUACUCAAAUGUUAAUUUAUCAUAUGCCAGCACAUAUGUGAAAGAGUACAAUUGGGGGGAAACUAGUUGUCAAAUGUAAAGUGUUUUUUUUUACAUUUGAUUUCUAAUUUAUGUUCUAAACUGCAUUAUAUUACUUAUUAUAUAGCUUUAAUCAUCAGUAGUUAUACAACCACAUCAAAUAGUAGUUUUAUGACAUUUUAAAAGUGGUUGGAGGGGGGGGCACAGAAUCAUGAUUACGUUUAAGCCAGUAAAAUAUGGGGAAAGAGAUCAGUAAUUAAUUAAGGGAGAAAUAAUUAAGCUGUUAAAUAAUUAUUAUUGGUUCUUUAUUGGUUCACAAAAUAAACUCAAAUAAAUUCUUGCUA